AUGGCCGACUCCAACAAGCCUGAGCCCUCUCCAGGGCCUCCAGCGAGGCGGAGGGCGCCGACGAUAACAAUAGACACAACUGCCGUCAACCCCAAUAGCAGCGUUGUAGAAAUUACACACGAUUUUAACAACCAACAGCCGCAACCUAGCUACACCAUCUCUCCCAUCUCCCCCCCAGACGACGCCGCCAGCCCCUCUACAAUGAUAGAGACGCCUUUUGGCUUUUCUCAAGAAAGGCACCCCGAAGCACGGACGGACACAUCCUUCGAUAUUAGCAGAGAGAGCAGCCGGCCAACAAGUCCUCACAAUGUCUCGACUCCCAUUGGCGCGCACGGAUUCUUGGUUGUACCGACGAACCACAAAAGAUCACGGCAGAACUCAGUCGAUUCCGAAGAAGCGAGCCGUUCGUUCGUUUCAGGGGGGGAAACCACCGUGGUUGCUUCCAACUCAACGCAGACGGACAAGUACAAGACGACGCCAACAAACGAUAAAGUGAUGAGCGACGAGACAGCGUUGAAGCCUGAUGCAGGGACUGAGGCCGACUUCGAUGUUGAGAACAACCCAUUUGCCUUUUCACCAGGCCAACUCAACAAGAUGUUCAACCCCAAGAACCUUGCGGCCUUCUAUCACCUAGGAGGUUUGAGCGGCUUGGAGCGCGGUCUGCGAACGGAUCGCAAAGCUGGCUUAAGCACCGAAGAAAACUAUCUGGAAGGAUACGUCACAUUUGGAGAGGCAACUUCGAAAAAGAAUGAUAAGCAGGCUACCGCGACCUUGCUGACAGCUGGGGAACCGGCGGCUCGCACAAUGUCUCAAUCAAGUCGACGAUCACUAGGAUUUCAAGACCGAUACCGAGUGUUUAGAGACAAUCGAUUACCAGAGAAGAAAGGCAAGAGCUUACUGGAACUUAUGUGGAUCACUUACAAUGAUAAAGUGUUGAUUCUUUUGUCGAUUGCUGCCGCCAUCAGUCUUGCCGUUGGUCUCUAUCAAACCUUUGGCCAGGCACACACGCCAGAUGAACCCAAGGUCGAAUGGGUCGAAGGCGUUGCCAUUAUCGUUGCCAUUGCCAUCGUGGUCAUUGUGGGAUCGCUAAACGAUUAUCAAAAGGAAAGACAGUUUGCAAAGCUAAACAAGAAGAAGCAAGAUCGAAAUGUCAAGGUUGUACGUUCUGGAGCGACAAUGGAAGUAUCUGUAUUCGACCUCAUGGUUGGCGACGUGAUCCACCUCGAACCUGGCGACAUGGUUCCCGCCGAUGGUGUCCUCAUUGAAGGCUUUGACGUCAAAUGCGAUGAAUCUCAGACGACAGGAGAAUCGGACAUUAUACGCAAACAGGGCGGUGACGAAGUCUACGAAGCCAUUAUGAAUCAUGAGAGCCUCAAAAAGAUGGAUCCAUUCAUUCAGUCCGGAUCCCGGAUCAUGGAAGGUGUUGGCACUUAUAUGGCCACGUCAACUGGCAUCUACUCUUCCUACGGAAAGACUCUCAUGGCUCUCAACGAUGACCCGGAAAUGACACCACUUCAGGCGAAGCUGAACGUCAUCGCCACGUACAUUGCUAAGCUCGGUGGUGCUGCCGGUCUGCUCUUGUUUAUUGUCUUAUUCAUCGAGUUUCUGGUCCGUUUGCCGCAUGAUGAUAACUCUACUCCGGCGCAGAAGGGACAGAUGUUCCUCAACAUCUUCAUUGUCACAGUAACAAUCAUUGUCGUUGCUGUCCCGGAAGGUCUCCCCCUUGCCGUUACCUUGGCUCUCGCUUUCGCUACAACUCGUAUGCUCAAAGAUGCCAACCUGGUUCGACACCUAAAAGCUUGUGAAGUCAUGGGCAACGCGACAACAAUCUGCUCUGACAAGACAGGAACUUUGACUCAGAAUAAAAUGCAAGUUGUAGCAGGAACAGUGGGAGUGAACCAUGAGUUUCGCCAGUCUCGCGUACAAGACGUCGAUAACGCUGAAGGCGACAACAAGAAACCAUUACCCGCAUCAGAUUUUGUCAAUAAGCUUAGCGCUCCGGUGAGAGAGUUGCUUCUGGAUUCUAUUGCUUUGAACUCGACGGCAUUCGAAGGCGAGGUUGAAGGAGAAAAGACGUUUAUCGGCUCCAAGACCGAGACGGCCCUUCUCCUGUUUGCCAGAGCCCAUCUGGGCAUGGGGCCUGUCAGCGAGCUACGGGGAAAUUCGACAACUCUACAGCUGAUUCCCUUUGAUUCAGGUCGUAAGUGCAUGGGAAUUGUUGUCCAGCAACGCGAUGGCACGGCCAGACUGUUCAUCAAGGGCGCCUCGGAGAUCCUGCUUGCCAAAUGCGACAAAGUUUUACAGAAUCCAUUGGCGGAUGCCUCUGUGGUGUCGAUGGCACAGGGAGAUAUCGAUGCAACCAACCAGCUUAUUGUAUCUUACGCAGAGCGCUCAUUACGAACCAUCAGUUUGUGCUACAGAGAUUUUGAGUCGUGGCCUCCGCCAGCUUUGCGCCGCGGUGAGGGCAAGGGUGAAAUCCUAUUUGAGGAUUUAUUCCAGAAGAUGACGUUUGCCGGCAUGGUGGGUAUCCAGGAUCCCCUACGAGAUGGCGUCGCCGAGGCUGUUCAGCUAUGCCAAAUGGCCGGCGUUGUUGUUCGCAUGGUUACUGGUGACAAUAAGAUCACUGCUCAGGCCAUUGCCAAGGAAUGUGGAAUUUUGCAGUCUGAUAGCUUGGUUAUGGAGGGCCCCGACUUCCGUAAUUUGAGCAAGCUCAAGCAAAACGAAAUCAUCCCCAAACUUCAUGUCCUUGCGAGAUCCAGCCCCGAGGACAAGCGCAUUCUAGUGAAAAGGCUUAAGGAGUUGGGAGAGACCGUUGCCGUUACUGGUGAUGGCACCAACGACGCCCCCGCUCUCAAAAUGGCCGACGUUGGAUUUUCCAUGGGCAUCGCCGGUACUGAAGUUGCCAAGGAAGCGUCCGCUAUCAUCCUUAUGGAUGACAACUUUGCCAGCAUUGUCAAAGCCCUGAAAUGGGGCCGUGCUGUCAAUGAUGCUGUUAAACGUUUCUUGCAGUUCCAGAUUACAGUCAACAUCACUGCCGUCAUCCUCACCUUUGUUUCUGCCGUCUCUAGCGAGUCUGAAAAGUCUGUCCUCACGGCUGUUCAGCUGCUUUGGGUUAAUCUGAUUAUGGACACACUGGCAGCUCUUGCUCUCGCUACUGAUCCGCCGCAGGACAGUGUUUUGGACAGGAAGCCUGAGCCUAAGGGUUCGUCUAUCAUCUCGCCAACCAUGUGGAAAAUGAUUAUUGGACAAGCCUUGUACCAACUGGCUAUCACGUUCCUGCUGUACUUUGGCGGCAGCAACGUGGUCCAGCCCAUUGUUGGAGGCGAGGUCACCAAAGCCGACAUUGAAACUCUGGUCUUCAAUACAUUCGUCUGGAUGCAAAUCUUCAACCAAUGGAAGUAUGUAUAUCUAACACCUGAGAGUCUUUGCCUGACACGCAACUGGUUCUUUAUCGCAAUCAGCACUCUCAUGAUGGGUGGCCAGGUUCUGAUCAUCUUCGUUGGCGGUGCUGCUUUUUCGAUUGCAGACAAAGACCAAUCCGGAGGAAUGUGGGGCAUUGCCCUUGUGCUCGGAUUCCUCUCCAUCCCAAUCGGUGUUCUUAUUCGCCUUAUUCCAGACAGCUUUGUUAUCAAACUGGUGCCAGAAUUCCUUAGGCGUCGAGCGAAACAGGUGCCUGGGUUCACAAUCUCUGACGAGGAGAUGGACAUGUACCCUGAGCCGUUGGUUGAUGUUCGCGAUGAACUUAACUUUCUCAGGCGCAUGAAGGGAGGGCGCCUUAACAAUCUGAAGUUUGCCAUCCAACACCCCAAAGAAAUGAUUACGCGGUCAAGGAGCCCGUCUCAUUCCCGGUCCAAUUCUGUCAUGACAACCGAUACACCGGGCCGAGAAGACAGCUUCCCAUCACGCGUUGCCACACCAGUAUCGCGGCAGCGUUCCCGGUCAGCCCGGUCACGCUCUAACUCUGCCCUCGGAGCACCAACAGUCAUGGCCGGAAUAGUGGCUGCUGGAGUAGCAGCAGGAUGGUCACCGAUUGGCCGGCCAUCAGCUGAAGACAGAGAAGCCAUGAUGCAGCAUUAUCAGCUUCAGCUACAACAUCAAUCAAGAACAGAAGAAAGCCCGGAGCAGGGAUCACAAAAGCCCGCCGAGGGCCAGAACAGCGAGGCGCAAAAAUAG